AGAUCUUGCGGCUUUCCUCGUCAAAAUAUCGAAAUCGUAUGCGAGUCUCCUUUGCCCAAGCUGAUCGACGUGAUCGAUGUUCCUUUAUCGCAAAUUCCCGACCCUCAGCACAACUAGGACAUACCAAAGGUGGGGAGAAGGGUGCGCAACAGACGUCUUCCAAGUCUCGGGUAGCAAUAUUUGUUGCAUUAGCAAUGGUAUUGCGUAACAGACCUAAUGCUUUGGCUAUUGUAUUGCCGACUCUGAGGGAGAAGCGUAAGUAUCAAGGACAUGACAAGCUUCCGAUUACAGUUUGGAUGAUGGCUCAGGCCUCCCAAGGUGAUUUAUCUGUAGGGUUGUAUUCAUGGUCGCGUAACUUAUUACCACUAGUCGGUAGCAACCCUCAGUCAAGGGAUCUCAUCCUGCAGUUGGUUGAGAAAAUUUUGUCGAAUCAAAAUGCUCGGACUAUACUUGUAGAUGGAGCUGUUGAAGAGGGACCACGACUGAUUCCACCUCUUUCAUUUGAGAUCUUGCUGCGGCUUACAUUCCCUGCUUCAUCCGCAAGAGUAAAGGCUACAGAGAGGUUUGAGGCAAUUUAUCCUUUGUUGAAGGAAGUGGCUCUUGCCGGUGCAUCAGGAAGCAAGUUAAUGAAACAAGUCACUGAACAGAUAUUCACUUUUUCUUUGAAAUUAGCUGGAGAAGGAAAUCCUGUUUUAGCCAAGGAAGCUACAGCAAUCGCUAUCUGUGGAACUAUGGAGAGCUUAAGGCUAAAGAACGAAAAAGCCAUCACUGAAGGAGGAGCCAAUGGUUCUCUUUACAAAGAAGCUGACAAGUCUUGCAGAGUGAUCUCGGGGAGACUCUCCCGUGGAAGUGGCUGCCUCAAAGUAAUUGUUGCGCCACUCUGGAUUGCUGUCGCUGCCGGGGUUUUGGUUGGUUGGUUUUGGAGGCCCAGGUGGGCUUAUCUCGACACAAAAACCUUGUCCGAUGAUUCUUCACCUAAAUUCUUCAACUUCACCUCCUUCAAGCUUCCCACUUCCAUCCUCAAAACCUCUUCUCACGUUAACCCCAGCCUUUCUUCUCCCCAGGCUGCUGAGAAAGAGAAAUCUGGGUUUGUUACGGACGAUGAUUUUAGGCAUCUAUGGAAGUUGGUUGAGGUCAAAGAUGGCGGCCCUGCUUGGAUUCAGAUGAUGGACCGAUCAACUCCUACCUUCUCUUAUCAAGCUUGGAGGCGAGAUCCUGAGAAUGGGCCUCCCCAGUACCGUAGCAGAACUGUGUUUGAGGAUGCCACUCCCGAGAUGGUGAGGGACUUCUUUUCGGAUGAUGAGUUCCGUUCCAAGUGGGAUGAUAUGCUUUUGUAUUCUUCUACUCUCGAGCGUUGCAAGAGCACGGGCACUAUGGUUGUGCAAUGGGUGCGCAAGUUCCCUUUCUUUUGUAGCGACAGGGAGUAUAUUAUAGGCCGUCGAAUAUGGGAUGCUGGCCGAGUCUUUUACUGCGUUACAAAGGGAGUACAAUACCCGUCUGUACCUAGACAAAACAAGCCAAGGCGAGUCGACUUAUACUAUUCAAGCUGGUGUAUCCGUGCAGUUGAAUCAAAAAGAGGCGAUGGUGAGAUGACAUCAUGUGAGGUACUACUAUUUCACCAUGAAGAUAUGGGAAUACCGUGGGAGAUUGCAAAGCUCGGGGUGAGACAGGGGAUGUGGGGUGCAGUGAAGAAAAUUGAGCCAGGCCUACGUGCAUAUCAGAGGGCCAAAGCAGCGGGAGCAGGUUUAUCCCCAAGUGCCAUAAUGGCUCACAUCAACACCAAAGUGAGUGCAGAGGAGUUCAUGAAUGAGAGGGAUUCGAUAGCAGAGGUUACUGGAGAGAAGCCGACAGGGAAAAACAUACCAAAGAUACUAGUGGUGGGAGGGGCGAUUGCCCUUGCAUGUACACUGGACAAAGGGCUGUUGACAAAGGCAGUGAUAUUCGGAGUAGCCAGAAGAUUUGCAAGAAUGGGGAAAAGGAUGUAGGAGAGUGUACAUGUAAGUAGACAGAGAGCGAAUGAGGGAAUGAGAGAGGUGAAAGCAGCUCUUGUUUUGCAAUUUGAAUGGUGAAAGGCUGUCUCUUUAGUCUUGUCUUGGUGGAUGUAUCAAACUAUCAAUCAUGUAAUAGGAAAGAGAAAAAGAAGCAGAGAGUUAUUCUUUCGGUGUUGAAUUUCUGAGAGUGCGGAAGGAUAAUUCCACCGCCCUGCGCUGCUAAUAAACAUCUCCAUCUUUA